AGACACUCAGAUUAUGAAAAAAUGACAAAAGAACAGUUCAAACACUUUUGCACUAAAAUUUUGGAACCAGAACAUGCUGAGCAUCACAAUGGAAAAGACACGAUUCAACAGAAAGAAAAGGAAUGGAAACUCAAAAUGUGGCAUGACCACUCUGAUAUUCUAAAUCACUCAUACGUCAGCUUCAUGACAUGCUUCCUAUACGACCCCAUCAACUUUUUGACAGAUGAGGAAUAUGCUGAAAGAUUUCCUGAGAAGAAAAAGAUUGAUGUGCAGUCGUUUGUGGAAAGACCCCAACUCUACAUAUUUGGAUUAUCUGGAAGCAGCGACAAAGAACAGCUGACAUACACGGAAACAAGACUGGAGGACCUUGCAAAUGUAACAAAGGAGGUGGAAAACAUCAAACCCAUUCUUAGAGUGUUUACUGGGGAUAAUCCAGCUCGCCAGUUCGAGAGCGGUCAGCAAAGAGGAGGAAAAUUCAGCUGCGUAUGUGGUGUACCAGGAAGCGAGCACAGUAAUUUUAUGAAAUGCUACUUCACUGAGCCUCUGACCCUCGAAGAAAGAAGAAAGCAUGCUGUUUCAGGGCAAGCAUGGCAAAGCAUGGCAAGUGGAGUAGCCAACCCAUUCCAGGCAGAGUGCAAGACAAACUGA